UUCUUCAAGAAGAAACAGAAAGAUUAUUGGAUUUUUCUCACUUAUAUAAAUCUUAAAGCUCGGCCUAACCCGCCAUGUUGUCCGGCACUGUGGCUAUUUCAUUAAUGGUGCUGGGACCCAGGCAUCAACUAAUACCAAAGUUCACGGACAUGGCACCACACCAUUCGUGCGGAGCGAAAUUAAACCGGCAGUCUGAAAUUGAAAAAUGUGACACGCAUAAGGCCAAGCGAAAAGCGAACAUGAGCACUGAAGGUGGGAAGGAGGUGAUCCGGCUCAUAACGCAGGACCAGAUCAGAAAGCUGACUGUGCGCAGGCAAGAGCCAAUUGUGCACCCAAUCGUGAUAGACAAGCAAGACCUGCAGGAACUGAAAAAGCAAUCCACAGUGAUUACAGUAAAGGAUCGCUUGGAACAGUUGGAGAAAGAAGAGGCGGAGAAGAACCGCAUGAUGCGGGAAAGCGAUGCUCGGAAAGAGGAACUGAGACGACACAUCAAACUGAGAGAAACAGGAACAAAGCUGGCUGAGGUGGACCUGGAGGCCAAGAAGCGGGCGGAGCACCUGCUCCAGCGCGCCUUCGAGUUGCGGCAGGAGCAAGAGGACGAGGUGAAGGACGCGAACCGCGUCAUCCUCGGCACCAAGUGUCACGCCAUCCGAGACGCCCAGAUAGCGGAGAAGAAGCUCAUCAGGGACGAGCUGGAGCGCGAGGAGCGCCGCCUGGACGACAUGAUGGAGCAGGAGCGGCAGCGCGCGCUCCGGGAGCAGCGCGGCCGCGGGGAGAGCGACGAGCAGCGCAGGAAGCUGUACGUGCAGAACAUCCUCGAGCAGAUCAACGAGCACGAGCUGGAGCGGCUGCAGCAGGCCGACCGCAUCCGCGAGGAAGCAUGGCUGGCGAACAAGGCGCAGGGCCUCAUGAUGCAGCAGGAGUUGGAGGAGCAGGCGCGGAAGGCUGAGCAGCAGCGCAAGGUGCGGGAGGAGUUGCGGCAGAUAAACGAGCAGCUGCAACACUUCCGCCAGCUGGAGGAGGAAGAGGAGCGGAUCGAGGAGCUCAAGGUGCAGCAGUACAUGCGGCAGAAGGCGGAGCGCGAGGCGGCGCGCGAGGAGGAGCUCAAGCUGCAGCGGCUGGCGCGCGAGCGGGAGAUCGGGCGGCUGCGCAUGCUGCAGCAGAGGCAGCAGGACCUGCAGGCAGAGAUGGACAACGUCAACGCGCAGCGAAUCCAGGACGAGGUGGAGCGCGAGUGGCGCCGCAAGGAGAAGCAGGCGGUGCAGAAGCGGCGCCGGCAGGAGGAGGAGAUGAAGGCCUCGCGCGAGGCGCAGAUACGGGACCGGCGCCACAUGCAGGCGCUGGAGAACGCGGCGCUCCGCAAGGAGCACGAGUCCGUGCUGAAGGUGCAGCGCGAGGAGCUGGGCCGCUUCCGCGCGGAGGAGGAGGCCAGGCGCAAGGGCACGGAGCGGUACCGCGCGGACAUCCUGAGGCAGAUCAGGGAGAAGGAGCGCGGCCGGAUCGAGCAGCGGCGGGAGGUGUUCGCGCUGGGGGAGGCCAUCAAGGCGGAGGAGCGGGAGCACAAACAACGCACCCAGCAGGUCGUCAGGAGGAAGGUGGACGAGCUCAGGAUGCAUAAAGUUCCUGAAAAAUACGUGAAGGAAAUUGAGAAGCGGCUGCAUCUGGUACCAUGAACACCAAUAUGUAUCUUUCUUGAGUUGGCAAGAUUCACUUAUGUAAGCAAUGAUUUUUGACUUGAUAAACGUUUAGGAGUUCACAUUGGGACUACCUGCACUUGGCAAGGAAACAACAAAUAAAUGAGACACAUUUGC